UUUAAACCUAGAAUCAUGAAAACGCAAAUAGGGCUUAGAAAAUUCUACUUUCUGCUGGGACUGAUACUGAUUUCAGUUGUAGCAGUGGAUUCCGAAGUGAAAAGUUGCUUCAAAUAUGGCAAAAAAAGAGUUAGAAUAACCAAGUUAAAUAACAAGGGGAAACAAGUAACAGCGAUUGGGUACAGGCAAAUUAAGACGGGAUGCUGUCCAGGUUAUGCGUCGGAGCGAUGUUUACCUUUCUGUGAGGACGGAUGUAAAAAUUCUAAGUGCACGGCUCCAAAUACGUGUACCUGUAAUAAGGGCUACCGACAGUUUAGUCCUUCUCGUUGUGUUCCAGAAUGUACUAAAUGUGAUUACGGAUAUUGUUCGGCUCCAGGAGUGUGCGUUUGCUAUUCAACAGGUGAAAGUGAUGGCAAGGGAGGUUGCAGACCUAAGUGUAAACAGGAGUGCAAGCAUGGAUAUUGUGCCAAGCCUAAUCAAUGUGCGUGUAACGAUGGCUAUGAAAUGGAUGAAAGUGUCAGUGAAUGCAGGCCAGUCUGUAGGGAAAGCUGCAAGAAUGGGUAUUGCUCGGCCCCUGGGGAAUGCAGCUGUCUUGAAGGAUACAUACAAAACAAUUCGGGGAAGUGUGUUCCUGACUGUCCAGGAGGAUGUGGAAAUGGAAUUUGUAUAGCUCCAAAGACCUGUGCGUGUGAAUUUGGCUACGAAGUGGGGAAAAAUGGGAGCUGUGAACCGGUCUGUAAAAAUGGGUGUCUCAAUGGGUAUUGUUCAUAUCCUGAAGUUUGCACAUGCAUAAAUGGAUACAUUCAGAAUGUCGCAACUGGUUCCUGUGACCCAGUUUGUAAAAAAGAUUGUACGAAUGGGUUUUGUUCUCAGCCUGAUGUAUGUGAGUGCAAUAAGGGGUAUAUCAUGAAUAUAGAGACAGAGUCCUGUGAACCAGUUUGUGAAAAUGGUUGCACUAAUGGUUUUUGUUCCCUUCCUGAAGUUUGCACCUGCAAUGAAGGAUAUAUAAAGAAUUCAACAACAGAAUCCUGUGAACCAGUUUGUGAAAAUGGUUGUCUCAAUGGAUUUUGUUCCCUUCCUGAAGUUUGCACCUGCAAUGAAGGGUUUAUUAUGAAUUCAACUAUGGAAUCCUGUGAACCAGUUUGUGAAAACGGUUGUCCCAAUGGAUUCUGUUCUGAUCCUGAUGUAUGUACCUGCAAUAAAGGAUAUACCAUGAAUUCAACAACAGAAUCCUGUGAACCAGUUUGUGAAAAUGGAUGUCCCAAUGGGUUUUGUGUUCACCCUGAAAUAUGUGCAUGCAGUAAUGGAUAUAUCAUGAAUUCAACAACAGAAUCCUGUGAACCAGUUUGUGAAAAAGGUUGUCCCAAUGGGUUUUGUUCUAGUCCCGGAGUAUGCACAUGCGAAAAGGGAUACAUCAUGAAUUUAACGACACAGUCCUGUGAACCAGUUUGUGAAAACGGUUGUCCCAAUGGGUUUUGUGUUCAUCCUAAAAUAUGCGCAUGCAAUAAUGGAUAUAUCAUGAAUUCAACAACAGAAUCCUGUGAACCAGUUUGUAAAAAUGGAUGUCCCAAUGGGUUUUGUGUUCAUCCUGAAAUAUGUGCAUGCAGUAAUGGAUAUAUCAUGAAUUCAACAACAGAAUCCUGUGAACCAGUUUGUGAAAACGGUUGUCCCAAUGGGUUUUGUUCUAGUCCCGGAGUAUGCACAUGCGAAAAGGGAUAUAUCAUGAAUUUAACGACACAGUCCUGUGAACCAGUUUGUGAAAACGGUUGUCCCAAUGGGUUUUGUGUUCAUCCUAAAAUAUGUGCAUGCAAUAAUGGAUAUAUCAUGAAUUCAACAACAGAAUCCUGUGAACCAGUUUGUGAAAACGGUUGUCCCAAUGGAUUCUGUUCUGAUCCUGAUGUAUGUACGUGCAAUAAGGGAUAUACCAUGAAUUCAACGAAAGAGUCCUGUGAACCAGUUUGUGAAAAUGGAUGCCCUAAUGGAUUUUGUUCUCACCCUAGAGUUUGUACCUGCAAUGAAGGAUAUAUGAAGAAUUCAACAACAGAAUCCUGUGAACCAGUUUGUGAAAAUGGAUGUCCCAAUGGGUUUUGUGUUCACCCUGAAAUAUGUGCAUGCAAUAAUGGAUAUAUCAUGAAUUCAACAACAGAAUCCUGUAAACCAGUUUGUGAGCAUGGUUGUCCCAAUGGAUUCUGUACUCUUCCUGAUGUUUGUACCUGCAAUGUAGGAUAUACCAUGAAUUCAACAACAGAAUCCUGUGAACCAGUUUGUGAAAAUGGAUGUCCCAAUGGGUUUUGUGUUCACCCUGAAAUAUGUGCUUGCAAUAAUGGAUAUAUCAUGAAUUCAACAACAGAUUCCUGUGAACCAGUUUGUGAGCAUGGUUGUCCCAAUGGAUUCUGUACUCUUCCUGAUAUUUGCACCUGCAAUGAAGGAUAUACCAUGAAUUCAACUAUUGAAUCCUGUGAACCAGUUUGUGAAAAUGGUUGCAACAAUGGAUUAUGUUCUGAUCCUGAUGUAUGUACCUGCAAUGAAGGAUAUACCAUGAAUUCAACGUCAGAAUCCUGUGAACCAGUUUGUGAAAAUGGUUGUCCCAAUGGAUUCUGUUCUGAUCCUAAAGUUUGCACCUGCAAUAAAGGAUAUAUCAUGGAUUCAACGACACAGUCCUGUGAACCAUUUUGUGAGAAUGGUUGUCCCAAUGGAAUCUGUUCUGAUCCUGAUGUUUGCACUUGCAAUAAGGGAUAUAUCAUGAAUUCAACAAUGGAAUCCUGUGAACCAUUUUGUGAAAAUGGUUGUCCCAAUGGAUUUUGUUUUCAUCCUGAUAUUUGUACCUGCAACGAAGGGUUUACCAUGAAUGCAAAAACAGAAUCCUGUGAACCAGUUUGUGAGAAUGGUUGUCCCAAUGGAAUCUGUUCUGAUCCUGAAGUUUGUACCUGCAAUGAAGGAUAUAUUAUAGAUUCAAAAACAGAAUCGUGUGAACCAGUUUGUGAAAGUGGUUGUCCCAAUGGAUUCUGUUCUGAUCCCGAUGUAUGUACCUGCAAUAAAGGAUAUAUCAUAAAUUCAACGACAGAGUCCUGUGAACCAGUUUGUGAAAACGGUUGUCCCAAUGGAUUUUGUUCGCAUCCUGAAGUUUGUACCUCCAAUGAAGGAUAUACUAUGGAUUCAAAAACAGAAUCGUGUGAACCAGUUUGUGAAAAUGGUUGUCCCAAUGGAUUCUGUUCUGAUCCCGAUGUAUGUACCUGCAAUAAAGGAUAUAUCAUGAAUUCAACGACAGAGUCCUGUAAACCAGUUUGUGUAAAUGGUUGUCCCAAUGGAUUCUGUUCUGAUCCUGAAGUUUGCACCUGCAAUGUAGGAUAUACCAUGAAUUCAACAACAGAAUCCUGUGAACCAGUUUGUGAAAAUGGAUGUCCCAAUGGGUUUUGUGUUCACCCUGAAAUAUGUGCUUGCAAUAAUGGAUAUAUCAUGAAUUCAACAACAGAAUCCUGUGAACCAGUUUGUGAAAACGGUUGUCCCAAUGGGUUUUGUUCUAGUCCCGGAGUAUGCACAUGCGAAAAGGGAUAUAUCAUGAAUUUAACGACACAGUCCUGUGAACCAGUUUGUGAAAACGGUUGUCCUAAUGGGUUUUGUUCUCAUCCUAGAGUAUGCCAGUGUAAUAAAGGGUACAACUUUAAUUUAAUGGCAAACUCAUGUGACCCUAUUUGUGAAAAUAAGUGCUUAAAUGGAUUUUGUUCUUCACCCGGUGUUUGUGCUUGUGACAAUGGAUACAUCAAAGAUGCUUACAAUGGAUCAUGUGUAAGAGAUACCCCUAAACCUUUAAUUCCAAAGAAGUAUAGCUGUAGCAAAGGAUACUAUUUGAAUAAAACUUUGUGUCAGCCAUUGUGUGAUCCACCUUGUAUCAAUGCCGAAUGCGUUCUACCAAACACCUGUCAGUGUUGGAGGAGUUUUAAAAAAACCUCUCAACAACACAAAUGUGCACUAAGUCACCGACUGCCAAAAACGUUGGGUUGGAACAGUGACGUUUUAUGUACACGAGAUAACUGCAAGAAUGGCACUUGCACUCAAGACAACAUCUGUUUGUGUCCAGAGAAUUUUACUCUCCAAUUUAGUUUCUGUAUCCCAAAUAAAUCGUGUGACGCCGGCUUUACCGGGGUAGCCGGUAACUGUAAUCCAAUGUGUGAUACUGAUUGUGGCAAUGGAACUUGCGUAGCUCCCAAUAAAUGCGCCUGUUUGGAUGGAUUCUAUUUAGAUCUAACGUCUGAUCUUCCAGAAUUAUGUAGACCACUUUGUAAGAAAACAUAUGGAGCAAAUGAGCCCGGUUGCGUAAACGGUGAUUGUAUAGCUCCAAAUCAAUGUCGUUGCCAUGAAGGAGCCGACCCGCGUCCCGAAGAUCCCUUUGUAUGCGAUUUUAAAAACCUUACAAAUCGCUUAGAAUCAGCAGUGCAUUGGAAAGUAGUCUUAUACGCAAUUCUUUUACUGCUCGUCCCAGUGAUAGUUUUGAUGAUGGCCCUUAUGCGGCCGACGACUUAUAAUGUCGGUAAAAAAGAAAAACGUUUUGGAAAUUAUGGUUAUUCAGCAAGUCCAUCAGAUGAAAAUAUCGAAUUAUCAAGUAUAUCUAUGACUUCUCGAGGGCUUGGAGUAAUUCUAAUUAUUUUGGGACAAAUCUGUCUCUGCUAUUGCUGUACUGAAAUGGUUCCUCAAAUGAGAUACCGAUACAGUUUAGUUACAAUGAGGAAAUACAGUCAUAACCCGGUUAGGAAUCCGCUGAAAGUGAAAGCUGUUCGAGAAACAUUUCAGGAAAUGGAACUAGUUUGUUGUGCAGGCUAUGCUAAGACCAAUGGAACAGAAGAAUGUGUCCCACAGUGUGAAGAUUGUGGUGCUGGAAAAUGUCUUCAUCCUGGAGUCUGCCUUUGUGACAAAGGCUAUACCAAUGCCCAGAACCACAGCCGUUGCGUUCCAGUGUGUACCGAAUCGUGUGUAAAUGGAGAGUGCACAGCUCCGGAUGUCUGCACAUGCAAUACAGGAUACAACUUUCGAGUUGGCAGUAAUUCGGUGUGUGAGUCCAUUUGUGCGAACGAUUGCGGCCCAAACAGCCACUGUGUUGCCCCAAAUAUGUGUGCGUGCAACUUAGGGUGGAUGCGAAAUACCAAUGCGUCGGUAUGUGAACCGGUCUGCGAAGAAUCCUGUCGAAAUGGUGUGUGUACUGGUCCGGAUGAAUGCACCUGCUUACCGGGAUACACACUUCGCAUCGAGAGUGUCUCACAGUGUGAUCCAACAUGUUCAAGCGGUUGUUUGAAUGGGGUUUGUCGAGCACCAGAGGUUUGCGUUUGUAAUUUAGGUUACACAAAUUUAGCUCACAGUGCCUCGCAGAGUUGUGCUCCGAUUUGUAAGGAUACUUGUGUAAACGCCUUUUGUACGGCUCCGAACCAGUGCACGUGUUUCGAUGGGUUUGGCUUUAAAAAUGGCAGUCAAUCAAUGUGUGAACCAACCUGCCCCAAAGGUUGUGAGAAUGGAUUUUGCCAGGAGCCCGGACAAUGCGAAUGCCAUAGUGGUUACAUUAAAACAGAUCUGCACAAAUGCACACCGGAGUGUCGGAAUGAGUGUGAAAAUGGAACUUGUAUAUCGCCGAAUACCUGCGCUUGCAACAAGGGAUACGUCUUCAGGAAUGGAAGUUCUACUGUGUGUGAGCCGAUUUGUCCAAACGGAUGUUCAAAUGGAUUUUGUUCCAGUCCGGGAAUUUGUACUUGUAACAAGGGAUAUCAACAGCUUUUACCUCACCAUUGUUUUCCAGAGUGCAGUAAACCUUGCUAUAAGGGUAUCUGUACUGCGCCGGAUACAUGUCGCUGUUUUAGAGGCUAUAAACCGAGUGAAACAGAGAGUCAUCACUGUGAACCCAUUUGCGACUUUGAUUGCGGAGUAGGCGAAUGCAUUGCCCAUAACCUCUGCAAAUGCCAACCAGGAUAUCGAAUGCGAUACCUUACCGGAAAAUGUGAACCUAUUUGUAAUCUCAAGUGCGUCAAUGGAGUCUGUGAUGCAGCAUUUAAUUGUCGAUGUUUUCAAGGCUACCAGCACCGCUUGAAUGCCACCAAUAUCUGUGACCCAGUGUGUCAACCAGGCUGCGUAAACGGCACUUGCGUAGAAGCCAAUGUGUGCGAGUGCUGGCCAGGCUACGAAGACACCAAAAUCUCAAAUGUUUGCGUUCCGAAAUGUCGGCCGAGUUGUUCGAACGCAAAAUGUGUCGCUCCCGAUCAAUGCGUCUGCAACGAUGGCUACCGGGCCCUAAACUCCUCGACGCCAAAUAUCUGCAAUCCAGUUUGUUCGGAUGUCUGCAUAAAUGCCGAAUGCACUCAGCCAAAUACUUGCACCUGUUUAGAAGGCUAUGAGUUUCUGGAAGGCAGUCUCACCGAAUGUCGGCCAAUGUGUGAAAGGCUCUGCGAGAAUGGCACUUGUGUGCUGCCAAAUGUAUGCCAGUGUGACGAAGGUUUUACCUGGGAGUCAAUAUCAUCACCAGCAACCGAUGAACCAAUGAUGAAAUGUCAACCAGUAUGCUGGGAAAAUUGCGGCAAUGGAACUUGUGUAGCUCCCAAUAGAUGCGGCUGUGCAUCUGGAUGGUUUUUUGAUAAGGCCCAGAGGACCUGCUUGGCCAAUUUAAUUAACGAUGGAUCAUUGCAAAUGCCAAAGAAGCACGUCAUUAGUCAUCGUACAAUCACAACCAUCAUUCUUAUUCUAUUAUGUAUCGGCUUGAUAGCCAUGGUCUUGGUAUUUAGAUGGUUUCUCAAAAGGUAUAAAGACGAGAAAAUACCCCAAGUUCGACUCAUUGAAACUCCUGAAAUAGUGACACAAGAUCAGGACUACGAUCAACUUCCGUUAGUGGAGACUAGUUGAACCUGCAGCAAAAGACCAAAAUAAAAAUACAAAACAUGGCGACUCAUAAGUAAACUUAAUAUAUAAUUAUUAUUACUAUAAUUUGUAUUUCUUAUGUUUCAUCUUCUUUUUAUAAAUAUAUAAUAUUAUUACUACUUUAACUAA